CAGUUCUACGCACGAAGUGAAACAGACGUGCGCACGGGCCGUGUUGUGUCAAAAUGUUUAAAAUCUGGAUUUUCUUGGCUAUAAUAGCCAUAUCCGGAUCUCGAGUCUCAUCGUAUGAUGAUGAUGGUGAUGAUCGCUGGUUCGAUGAAUAUUGGUAUGAAGACUUAGUAGAUAAUUCAUAUGAUGCGGAUGUCAAAGAACCCGCUAAUAGCACACCUUCAGCUAGUAUAGAGGAAACAAAAACAUCACCAGCUGCCAUAGCAGAAGAACAUAUAGUUCCUAACAAAAAUGACUAUUUAUUUGAGGAUGUUAGGUCAGAGCUAGAUAAUAGUAACGAAGAUUUUAGGGUAGACGAUAUUAAAGAUGAUUCCAAUUAUGCUGGAAAAUUCGAUAGCAACAGUACACUUGUUCCAUUAACAGAUGGAAUCGAAAAUGAUAAAAAAAAGUUAGAAGACACUGCAGAGUCAACUGCAUUCAAAAAUGAAAAUUAUGACGAUAUAGCAUAUUACAGUAAUGAAAGUGAAAAGAAAAUACUAGAAGAAACAAAAAACAUUUUAGAUGAAGAUACAGGCAAUGAUUUCGAACAAUUCAAAUCAGAUGAAAAUAUUGAAAAAACGGACACAGAAAUUAUCGAAGAUACAAGUAAAAUUCUACUUGAUACUUCGGAUUUGCUUGGAGAAAUUGACGAAGAAGAAAAUAAGGGUAUCGAAAAAAUGGACGAAUCGGUAUCAUUAGAACAUGCGAUUAAGGAGCUACCUGAAACAGCUGAAGAAGACACUGUUAGUAAGGCAGUCGGUGAUUUAAUGACUGACAUUGAUAACCUACAUAAAACAUGGGACAAGUUAAGAGGUUUCGACGAUAAUAAUAGAGAAUCUUCUGAAGUAGGCGAAGAUGGUUCAUAUGACUAUGAAGAAAUUGACGACGAUAACCUCAAUAAGAUAUUUGACACCAUAUCCAAAAAACAGGUAACCGAAAAUCUAAAUGGAGAGAAUGAAGUGGAAAAUGUCAAUAAAAUGACUACUAAGGAAGCGUCUCAAGAGGCAGAAGAAAUUAAUAACACCUCUGAACCAAUAUUGUAUCUUAAUGACGCGUUAAUGGCUAGUGAAACUGAAAAUACAAAUUCAGCGACAACUCUAAAAGUUGAUAACGUUUCUGAUACUGUUUUAUUUGCAAGCGCAAAUACCACAGUGGAUAGUGAAGAAGCAUCACCCCCUGAAGCGAAAACAACAGAAGAGGCAGACUACUCAAAAUCAUCAGAAUUAUCUAGUGCAGAAGCAGAGCAACUAAUGAAAGAUUUCGCGACUGAACAUAAAGAAUUAAUGCAAAUAUCAUCUGCGGAUGUUAGAAAUGCGAUAAAUAUCAGACUCACAGUUGACAAGCCCGUUGUGAUUACAUCACCAGAUUUCCCACGUCCUUAUCCAACAGGUAAUACUGUUGACUGGAUGAUCACUGGUGAUGGAAUGGGCAUCGAACUGAACAUAACUGACUUCCACGUCAACGGAUUCAGGGGUGACUACGUUCUUAUAAAACCAGGUGGAAUCGAUGUAUCUGGAUCCACGGGUCUUCUGGUCACAUACGAACUCAAGACAGAGAGGCGUUAUCGUUUCCUAGAUGUGGAUCAAAUGUUCAUACGCUUCCACUCAGCCACCGGCAUGUCCUUCAUGAGAGGCUUCAGCAUGAGUAUGCGUAUGGUUGUUCCAAGACCUGGAGCCAUCAUCGAAGACGUUACACCAGAACCAGAACCAGUUAUACCGAUUCCACCGGCAACUAUCACCUUAAACCUUGGAGGAGUCUCUUUAGAAAGGUUUAUCCAGAUUGAGGAAGAGUUCAGAAAGAUCAUUGCUGAUAUGGCUACCAUAUACAUUAACACACACGACAUCGACCCUGGCCUAAAUAGCACGAUAGAAACCACACAGAUAUUGAGCAGAGCGCUUUGCUUCCACAACUGGCCUAAAUUCGAGCUUUGCACUGAAGUCAAAUUCGGAGUGCCCAUUGUGUAUGAAGAAGAUGAAGAUGUAGUCGAGACAAGACCGGCGAGGUUGAACGAAACAGAUCUGAUGGAUAUGUGGGAGACAAUGUCACAGCGCGAUCCCUUUGGUGUCAGACUCAGGAUAUUAGGUAUAACGGAAUACCAAGUUCCGAAUGACCACGGUAUCCUGAUCAUAUGGUUUGUCCUCGCUGGCGGUGUUGUCAUCUCCAUGGCGAUGCUGGCCUUCGCUCUUUGGAGGUUCAGCUGCUUUGCAGGUUACACGAGGAUGCCACCAUUCAGCGACUCAGACAGCAUCAAGGAAAAGCAAAACCUAGACCUGUACCCCACACCCCAUCAGACCUUGCCGCCGCUGUACUUCGAGAACGACUACAAGUGGGCUGAUGCUCCGUUCGAUAGUUCGGCUACAGUGGACAUGAGCGGUUAUGCCAACAAGAGCUACAUGCAGAACGAUUUCUUUGAAAUCGAAUCUGAAGAGGAAGUGAUGCCAACUCGCGAUAGAAGUUCCGGUUUCAGCCCACGUGACAUAUACAGUGUGUGAGCACUACCGAUGCGCGAAGCCACGCUUUGAUAGACUUUUGAGGCUUCAACUAUGAUAUUAUUGUGAUUUUAUAAACAAUUGUUGUAUAAAUUUCUGUUA